UUUCUGUCACCGAGGUACAUUAUUUUUUUCUUUAGUUUAUUUAUUUUUUUCAUAUUAAAAGUGUGAGAUGUUUCCAUUAGGAUCUUGGCAGAGAUCAAAAGUUUUGUGAGCAAAAACUGCAUGCACUUUAAUUAUAUUACAGAAUAAAUUAAAAUAGUUCUAUAAAAGGUUUGUGUUUAUAGUGACAGCUAUGAUCUUCUUCCUCUUUUUAAUCUUAUUCUUCAGUUCAGUACAUGCAUAAUACAUGUGUAAGAAAUGUCUUGUUCUUUCUCUAUACACACACAAAUAAAUAAAUGUAUGUAGAUGUGAGAACAUUUCAUUUGUAUAGUUCUAGAGGACUUUUCAUGUGUUUAUCUCAUGGCAUUUAUCCAGCUAUGGUGUUUGUUAACAUUUGGUUUCCAGUUUCUGAGGAUGAGCAUGAGUGACAAGACUCUGAACGUACAUAACAGAACUCUUAGUAACCGUCUAUUAGAGUCUGAGCUCGUCAUGGGGGGACAGAUCAACUGUCCUCGCUGUGCAUGUCAUUACUGCAUCACCAUACGGCCAGAAAAGAGCGCUGAUCGAAGCCAAACGCCAGGUGCGCUCUGAACAUCCAUGACAGUCGAGGGUUUGGCAAAUCACUAGGUAUGUUAUGAUGAAUAACACACACACACACACACACACACACACUAGCAUCACCUCGCUCAGUAACAUCACACACACCAUCCUGUUCUGUUCCCGACUUCAGAAUGCGCUGUUGCCAUGACUACGGAAUGGCGCACACUCUGUCUUGCUUUCACUCUAUUCUCUUUUGCUUUUUUUUCUGCACGCGGAUGUAUGGGCGACGUAACCAUCUAGAUCCACCGCUCGCCUGGAUCAAAUACAUCUCUGUUCUCAUCGUUUGUUUCUCCUCAGGAGGAGAAGCAGUAGGAUUUCUGCCAUGAAAUCUCUCUAAGAGGAGAAAAGCAGCGAAACCUAGAAAAUCUACACCCACCCACGGACAGGAGACAGGGGUAGAGAGAAAGAAAGAGAGAGAGAGAGAGAGAGAGAGAGAGAGUGUGUGUGUGUGAGUGGAGGGGAGUGUGAAAGAGUGGGGGGAGAAAGAGCGAGGGAUAACAGUCGAUGGAUGCUGCUUGGACGCUCUGGUCGGUACAAUCUUCAGUGACAAGGACCAGAGAGCUGCAGGGAUGGAUGGGAAGGGAAGACACAUUCCUCCAGCCAUGGUGUGGUGCGAGCGGGGAAUUCAGGUGCUUCUCACCACUGUGGGAGCAUUCGCAGCCUUCGCCUUGAUGACCGUGGCCAUUGGCACGGACUACUGGCUGUACGCUCGGGCCUUUAUCUGCAACAGCACUGCCAACUCCUCUCAGGAUGACCCCCACAACAAGGACAAGAAGGAUCCUGGAGCCCUCACCCACUCCGGCCUCUGGAGAAUUUGCUGCCUGGAAGGAUUGAAGAGAGGAGUAUGUUCCCAGAUUAAUCAUUUCCCAGAUGAUGCUGAUUAUGAUCAGGAUGCUGCAGAGUACCUUUUACGUGUAGUCAGGGCCUCCAGUAUAUUUCCUAUCCUCAGUGCCAUAUUAUUGCUGCUAGGUGGAGUGUGUGUGGCUUCUAGUCGGUUCUACAAAACCAAAAGACACAUCAUUUUGGGAGCAGGCAUUUUGUUUGUAGUGGCAGGCCUGAGCAACAUCAUAGGUGUCAUUGUAUACAUCUCGGCGGCUCUCAGCGACAUCUCUCCCAAAAAGGACGAGGACAAGAAGUGGCAUUACUCCUACGGCUGGUCCUUCUACUUCGGCGGCUUGUCGUUCAUCCUGGCGGAAGUGGUGGGCGUGCUGGCCGUCAACAUCUACAUCGAGCGCAACAAAGAACUGCGCUGCCGCUCACGCACCGACCUCUUCCGCAGCACGACCUCGGCUGUGUUACGCCUGCCGGGAUACCGCUUCCGCCGGCGCUCCUCUCGCUCCAGCUCGCGCUCCACAGCGGAGCCGACCCGCUCCCGUGAGCAGUCCCCCACCUCCGCCAUCGCACCCAAGAACUUCGGCCCGCCACUGGCCGCCGGCCCACCGCCCUUUUCUGUAGCCACGCUUCCCAAUCCGCACACACACUCUGGAGGAGGCAUGGGGGAUAUAUCCAUGUACACACUUGGCAGGGAAGGUAAGCCGCCCAUGUACGGUACAGUCGACCGGGCCACGCUCUACCAGCUGCACAAUUACUUUCCGAAAGAGGGCGGCGGCGGAGCGCUCAUGACGGGAACGCUGCCCUCUCUCUCUAAGUCGAACCUAGCUGCAUCGACCAAUGCCACCCUCAACACCUCGUCUUCCUCCGGCCCCCAGCAGGCGCCGAUGUCCGCCGGCUCCUCCGCCACCAUGGAGAGGGAUCGAGGGAUGGGAACCUUGGAUCGGCUUGGCAAAGGAGACAGUUCAAACACUAACACUCUCAACAGGAGAACAACACCUGUGUAACGAAAGACUGGAGGGGGAGGGAAGAGUGAUGGGGAAAAGAAGCGAUUACAUGAACUGGAAGUAAAAAGGGAAACGGGGAACGGGAGAGGGGAAAACGAGCAAGAAAGGGCUGAGAAAGAAAGCAAGGUCCGCUUGCAAGACGACAAAGAAGUGAAUAAGAAGGCAAUACAUUCUCUUUAUUUCUGAACAUGGUGACUUGAGUAACAGAAUUCCAUCCGCACUACUUAUUGAUUCAUGUUGAAAUACUCGAUGUGUGUGAUGGUGAUCUUUCAGUUCUUCGAGCUCUUUCAUUUCCCGUGCUUUAUCAUCAGGUUAUGCCUGUAACUUAUUUAGCAUUCCAAUAUAGUUGAUGUUUUUAUUUUAUUAUUAUGCUAAUUGUUGUUGCUGGGUUAACUUAUACAUUCUACAUUUUCUUUCAAGGUAUUUCGUUUUUGCACAAUUAUCCAUUUUAAUUUAUUUCCUCUCGAUUGAUGAACUCAAACUGUGAUUUUUUUUCUUGCACCUGUUGACACUAUAUUUCACGAUGUCAUUCAGUGUCAGGCACGUGUUAGUUCUGCGAGAGUGCGACGACUAUUAUUAUGAUGAUGACAUUUUUUAGUUUUUACAAAGAUUGUUAAUAUUUAGACCUGUGGAAUUUUUCAUUGUAACCGUAAGUGUACAAGUAGUUAAGUCUUCAUAUAAAUAUAUUUUAUUUAUUUAUCAAAAAAAGAUAAUAAUUAUAAUGGACUACUUUUGAGACUGAAAGUCAAAAAGAGAAAAAGAAAGAGGCAGAAUACAGAAGUGAAAGGCAUUCAUUCCAGGGGAGCAAUACGUAUACCUAAAAAACCUCACCAGAAAAGACAAAAAAAUCUAUUAAAUAUAUAGUAUAUUAUGAACAUAACUAUAUAUAUACAUAUAUAUAUAAUUGUGUGUGCGUGUGUGUGGAAAAACUUUUUUGGUAAAAUAAAAUAUAUUCUAUGAAUGUGUAAAACUGAGAUCUAUGUGCAUACUGUUAGCAGUUUUGACUGCAGUAUAUUAUUUUCAUGUUUAUUUGUAACUUUGUAUGCAUGAUUCAUAUCUAAUAUAUGAUAUAUUCAUAAUGCUCUGUUUUUUGGCUUUGUGUGUAUUGCGUUUAUGUGCUCACAUGGAUUGAUUUGGCAUGACAGAUGAGGGUCAAAAGAAAGGUCAUCAUCAAGACCCAGAAGACUAGAAAGGGAUUUGAUACACCACACUUUAUACUCAUAUUUUUACAUAAAAAACAUGCAUUUAUCCUCGAAUUAAGUUUUAGUUUAAAAAAUUUUACCACAGUACAACU